CCGGGGACCUGUAGCUGGGGCGGACCCUUCCGGCGGCGGCGAGGAUGGCGGCGGAGAGCCACUGCGAUUUCCCGGUGCCCCCGAGCGGCGGCCUGGGCCCGGGCGGGCCCUGCCGCCGCUGCAGCUCGGCGCCGCCGCCGGGCACCGUGCCCGGCAAGUGGGUGCGGCUGAACGUGGGGGGCACCUGCUUCCUGACCACUCGGCAGACGCUCUGCAGGGACCCCAAGUCCUUCCUCUUCCGCCUCUGCCAGGCCGACCCCGACCUGGACUCGGACAAGGAUGAAACGGGUGCCUAUUUAAUAGACAGAGACCCAACCUACUUUGGGCCAGUGCUGAACUAUCUCAGACAUGGGAAGCUGGUUAUUAACAAGGACCUGGCUGAGGAAGGUGUACUGGAAGAGGCUGAAUUCUACAAUAUCACAUCACUAAUAAAAUUGGUAAAGGACAAAAUAAGAGAAAGAGACAGCAAGAUCUCACAGGUGCCAGUCAAACAUGUGUACAGGGUGCUGCAGUGCCAGGAAGAGGAACUCACUCAAAUGGUUUCCACAAUGUCCGAUGGCUGGAAAUUUGAACAGCUUGUCAGUAUAGGUUCCCAGUACAGCUGUGGCCGGGCCCAGCAGUCAGAGUAUCUGCUCAUAGUGUCACGGGAAGUGAAAGGGGAAGAGAGAUGCUUCCAGAAAUGCUGCAGUGAGCUGGUCAGUAUUGGUUCAUCCUAUAACUAUGGCAAUGAAGAUCAGGCUGAGUUUCUGUGUGUUGUCUCAAAGGAAUUGCAUAACACUCCCUAUGGCACAACCAGUGAACCCAGUGAAAAAGCAAAGAGUGAGGAUGAAGAAACGGAUUACGAUAUGAAUGACUCAGAUUAAGUGUAAAUGUCAUGAUUUUGCAAGAACGAGGUUCCAGGAUGUGAAGACAGUAUUGAAUGGUGACAAUUUUUUCUCUUUUAUUCCAAGACACAGUGAAUUGUCACACUGAAGAGGCUCAGCUGCAAAAGAAAAUACCUGAUUUUAGACAAUUUUCUGUUGAUCUGGGUUCAACCAUUUUUGCCUAUAAGCUGGUGUCAACUGGCUGAAAGCAUUGCAAGAUUACGCAAUGGGAAUAGAUGGUGUGGGAGUGUGUGUUAAGUUUUGGUUGUAGUGCGUGGUUGUACUCUCUUGUGGGCUGACUGACACUGGUCAUUUGAAAAGAAAUGACCAUGCACGCAUAUUUUCCUCCGAGACAUGUAGCACUUAAUGCCUGGUGCUGGAUGACCCAAUGUUGAUCAGUUUGGAGACAUUUUCCUACUAAUCAUUGUAAACGUUUAAAGGACAAUGUAAUUGGUGCUACACACACACACACUCUACAGCCCACAAAUGCAAAUAAUUGGGCCUACUUUGUUUCAGAAUCAGCGGCAGCCCCAGUUGACUGUGUUAUACUGCACAUUCCUUAUGGCUCUGUGACAUGCUCUUACAUAAGAACAGCCUAGGAGAUCAACUGAAAUUAGCACGUAAAAAGUUACACAACAGACAAAAGGUUUCUCAAAUGGAAGGUUGUAUAUAUUGACUGGAUUUAUAGCAUAUUUUAAUACCCAAAGGGAAGACUAAACUCAGAGAAAAUGGCUUUCAUCUGAGUUAUUCUUGAUAUUCCUUCUGUUAAAACAGUCUCUUCCUGCAAAAGUUAUGCUCCAGUCUUAGCCAGAUGUUUGGAAGGGGAAUCAAAAUUCACUUAAACAUUCUGUUUCUUUUGAGAUAUUUGUACUCAUAUGUGUGUUUGUGCUUUUAUAACAUGCCUAUAAGCAUUGAACUCUGUGGAUUACAGCAGAGAUUUUUCAAGAGCUGAAGGCUGUACAGAAAUACGGCUGGCUAGUCCUAGAUGCCUAUAUCUGUGACUGGGAUUAAAAUCAACCGUGAGUGUGAACACAAGCUCAUCCAAUUGAAAAACUUAAUUACUCAGACAUUCAGGAUACCUGUAAUCAACCUUUCUCUUUCUGUACUAUUUCAUCUAUGCAGUUAAAGAACACUGACUGAAAACAUCUGGUGCAGCUUUAUUAGUUUGUCGCUGAUGAAGGCUAAUACAUAAGACUGGAGCUUUUUAAUACACUAUGUUUUGAGCAAAAUCUUUAGCACAUCUUUAAAACACUUAAUGAAAUUGACAGUAUAAAACUCAGCUUCGUUGACUUAUGAAAACAGUGGAAGGGAAUUUCAAAAGGCUACAAGAUUGUUUUGAAUUCUAAAGACGUGACCGUUUUCAUUCUCAGUAACUUCAGAAUUUAUGCAUAUACUCUAGGUUAAUCCUUGACACAAAAGCCUGAUAUUCAAACACCCAGGGUCUACUUUUUUUUUUUUUUUUAAAGGACUUAUUAUACAUUGGUAAAAGUUUGGCAGAAACAAUUUGUAAAAAACCAUUUCUACUAAGCAAGUUAAGUAAUGGGCUAAAUGUUUUGUCCAUGCAUCUAAUGCUUGAAAGGGUUUGUAAUGCAUUUUGUGACUUGGAUGUGGUCUGCACAGGAAGCUGCUGGCCCCUGCGCAACAACACAUAAAAAGUUUGUCUUUUUUUAAGAUGUUAAAACUGAAUUGAAUUUACUAAAAAUGUAAUUGUGUAGGGGAAAAUGUUUAUACUUUUAUACUUUUUUAGACACCCCUAUUUUAUCAGCUUAAAUUUAGCACCCAAAUUUCCCCUAAAUAGUAACAGAUUAUCUUGUGUAUCUGAAAAUAACUUUAACAGUUGUCUGUGUUAACUGCAUAUUAAAACAUUUCCUCUGCUGCAGUAGUUACUGUGUUUUUAAACAGUAUGACUCCACGGAAUUCUCUGAGCUCCCUAGCUCAUGGAAUUGCAGCUAACGAUGUUUCUUGUUGUUUUCUUUGUGUCCCUACAGAAGAAUUCGGCAUUGGUCUAAGUGGAUUUUAAUGCCUAAAAUACCUGUUUUACAAUGAUCCUUAUGAAUCGGCAUUUCUGUUGUCUUUCUUAUUUAACCCAAAAAAGUAUUUCAUAAAGUGAAAAUUUCAAGAAUAACAGCAGCAAAGCAUGAGUAACAAACUGAGGCAAACUGAACAAAUUUAGAAUAUGUAAAAGGGCAUGUUUCUCCAAGUAUGUUUUUUCACUGGAGUAUUUUCAGUUUAAAAACAUGCUUUUAUGGUGAGAUUUCCUACAAUCUAAUUUACAUUGUAUCCUUGUUGUAGCAAAUUUUGGGGAAAUGAGUGGUUAAUCAUUUUGCACUUUGUUUCCAGUACCUCACAAAGAUUUUAAGGGGGGGGGGGGGGGGGGGGGAAGGCAAAAAAAAAAGAUAACUUUAAUAGGCAGGUACCUUGUAAAUUAUUUUAAAUAUGAUGUUGUUUGAGACCACCUGAAAUAACUACUUUCCUGUUCUUGCUAACGUCAUUAUUGCUUUAAUUUUUGGUGAACAUGUGAGGCUUUCAGAUAGAUGGAAGUGCUACUGUAUGCCUUUUUCAAGGCAUUAAGAAUGGAUCCCUAUGUUAAGUUUGGUUUCUUUUUAUUUGACUCUUGUAAUUUCAAAUAAAAUUAGCUACGGUAACAAGGUAAUUGCAUUAGAGUCCAAUCUACAUCACCAGGUUUUGCAAGCAUUGCUUCGUCUGUUACGAUCUUGCAGGAUGAGGUAAUGUGCUGGUAGUUUAAGCGGGAGUCCUUUGGUUCUUCUCUGUCAUUUGGGGAGUAUUUACCUCAGGAGAACUGCCUGUGACUGUGUAAAGCCGGGGGGUUCACUGGGGGGCUGUAGUUGGAUAGCCAUGCUGCAAAAAGCCUUUGACGUUAACUCUGGAUUUACACAGCUUCUCUGUUCUUAAAUCAGAACAGUAUUCCAGGUUAGAAUUUAAGAUCCUGAGCACAGAGAGAUGAUAGCAGAAAGAAGUGAAGCAGGAAAGUAGAGAUACCAAAACAUAAGAGUUAAUCAAGGUGACCUCUCAUGAAAAUGUAAAUUCUAUGAAAUAUUUAACUUUCAACCCUUCUGCUAUACAAAUAGUCAGUGAAGUUGUUUGGUGUGUUGUCCAUGGAACAGGAGGUUACUUCAGCAGAUGAUUAGUGGAUUUUCAGUGAAAUUGUUUAAAGGCUUUUCCACAACAAACUCCUUGCAGAACUUGUUUAAUAACUGAGAAGUUCAGUUUUACCAUAGCAAUUUUGUGCUUUGAGUUAGGAAACAGAGAGCAUACUGUUGGCCUUAAGUUUUGUCAGCGGCUAAUUUUCUGUAUUGAAGGUAACAUUUUUAUAUUAAAGGUUUUUGACUUCUUCAAGUGGCAAUUAUAUCAGAGCUUAUCUGCAAUGAAUAAGUCAUUCCGAGGCCUCUUAAGAUGUGAAUGUCACCUGGUCCAUAAUAACAGUCCAAAAGUGUAGUCUGACUCAGCAGCUCCCACAGUAAAUGUGAAAUGGAUUAUUUUUAUUUUUUUUCAAAUUAACAAAAGACACAAGUUUACUGGGAAUUCUCUCCCACUUACUGUGGGGUUCCCAUGGAUUAUGGCUGAUUGCAGUUUGCUACCCCACAGUAACUGAAUUGUGUGUCAAAGGCCUGAUAGUAUUUAGAAGCUUGUAUUGAUUACCUACUAAAGUUUCUGCCCUCAGAAUCAUAUACUCAUAAAAUUUGGGAAAUGUACUGUCUUGUUUUUCAAAUUCAGCUAUGUUUCUUGUAAUGAUAAAAGUUCCUUUGUAAAAUCUUUGAUUUGAUAAAUGUGAUAAAUCUUCCAUUGUAGCAUUAGUAAAAGAGAUUUCUUAAGAAAUUGAACUUGGUGUAUCCAUCCAACUCUUUUGUCUACAGAUUUUCUUUAGACAAUAGCUGUGUACCUCCAUUUCUAGCAGUGUGAUUGCACAGUUAUGUUUGAUUAGAAACAGGAGUAUUUCCUGAAGAUACCAAAGCUGAAUCUCUUCUUUCUCUGAGAGGGGGGCUUUUUUCAGGAGAAGUAUGAAAACUAGCAGAUUAGCUAAAAGAAAACUUGAUUGCAAGCAUGCUUAGGGAACAGGUUUGGUGAGUAGGAUGAUGGUGUUUUCAGAAGACUGCUUCUCAGAGCAGAACACUGUAUUCUGUGAACGUCUGUUGAGGUUGUUGAGUGUUGUCCGUCUCUUUUUGAGCUGUAGAGAGCUACCACCAGCAAAUUAACACACUAAUUACAAAUUACAGUUACAAAAAUGAACUUGGAGUGUAAAAAUACAAUAGUAUCUGAUUGAACAAAAUGACCUAGAAAAUGGAUUAUAAAGCGUAUUGUCCAGUCAUUCAGGUAUACUGGAAUACAUUGCUUGAGAAGUGAAGUACUGGGCUUUUAAUGAAGAUCAAAGUCAAGUGAAAGAGAGUCUGGAGAUGAAGCUUGGGAUUUUUUUUGUUCACCUGAGGUGCGAUAAAAUCAUAAAUUAUCAUUCUCCUAUUUUAUUCUCUCUGUCACCACAUCAAAAGUAUCUUUGAAGUUUUUUAAAUGAACUUCUUCAAUCAGCCCUGAAAGGUUGGGGCUUUUGAAAAGGGGAUGAGAUUUUGUUAUGCUGUUAACGGUACCUGUUAGCUCAGGGCAGUUGGAUUAGAACUUCCAGUGGUCAUUGGAGAGGUAUCUUUUCUAAGACAACAAUUUUGAAAUACAUGCAGUCUGAGGAUGCUACCUGUUACUUUGUUAUAGUUUAGACUCCAGCUUUAAGGGCAAUCUCAGGACGUUACCUGGGUUUGUAUGUAGAAUUAUUCUUAAAAUAGUAUAAAUUUUCAUUUUAAAAACAAUGUGGAAGGCUCUCUAGGGAAUUCAUUGUCAUAUAGCCUUUCUUUUGGCUCACAACAGUUCAGGAGCUGUAAAGGCUUCUUGCAGAACUGAGGCUUUAAAGGGCUAAAUAGAUCUUACUGUUCAGUUUGCCUAUAAAUGACUGUCAGAGAGAAGGAACUCUCCAUUUUCAGUGCAGAAAUGCUAAGGGCUAAAAUCCUUUCCAGGGCUAAUUUGAGGUUUUGAAAGACACAUAAUGUUUAAGAAGCAGCUUAUCUGUUUUUCUUUCAGCUCAUGGACUCUAAAAAAAUUUUUUACAAAUUGCUGAACCAAUUGCAGAUUGAAGCAUUCAUAUAUGGCUGGAAUUUCAGUAUCCAGCUUGCAAGGAGUACACUAGAGAAAACAGUACACUUGUCCACCACUUUGUUAUUGCCUAUGCUGAAAUGUAACAACUUCUGAACGGCACUGGCAAUAGAGAGAUUUUGAGGAAGAUUCUGCCCCAGGCAAGUGUUGAAUAUUGCAACUUUGCUGUCCUUUACUUCAGCAAGGUCUGCCAAGGCAUAAACUUCUCAAAAGUUUAGUGAACAGAUACUGCUGCAAAUGCAGCUUUCUAGGCCCAUCAAAUGGUUCUCUUUAGGAUGUUGUGUGUUAAUAACUACUAUAAUGAGAGAAAAUUCUAGGAAGUUAUUUUGCUACUUUGGGGAUGGGUGGAAAGGGAGGAGGUUCUGUAACAGCAGUCUUCUUGCCUUGGAAAGCUGAGCCUAAGUUUUGACCUGACUUAACACCUGUUGAGAUUUCCAGGCCUGGUCAUCUGAAAUGUAAGAGUUAAUGUAUUAAUGUACAUGAUCAUUGCUCCUUUUGAAGAUUUUCCAAAAGCUUAUGCACAAUUUUACUCAAACUUACCUUGGCUCACAUGUGCUUGCUAGGAUGAAGCAAGUGCCAAGGCACUGUAAGAGAAACAUUGCCAACCUGUCUACCUGGACCUGAAGCAAGAUCACCAAACUGAAGGAGUAUCAAAUGGCACCUAUUUCUACCUGCUUCUGCCCUGAGCCUCAUCUGAGGCUAGCUAUGAAAGAUCUGUUUCCUAUGGACUCUCUUGACCCUCCUACCCAACUCAACAGGUGUUCUUCCCUCCCCCCCCCCCUCCCCCCAAAUCACUGAUCUCAAAAUCAGUUGUGCAUGAGCUGUUUGUGUUGCUAUCCGAGUGGCCAUACUUGCGACAUCUUAUUUACUGGAUAGUGGAUUAGCAAUAACACUUUAUUUUGUGCCAGUUCAUUAUCUCUGAAGUGUUCUUACUGCAGCAAAGUUUGAGUUUUGAUCUGGUUUUAAUGCUAUUGCAUUAGCCAAAUCUCUUAGCACAGACAUAGACAAGAAACUGAAUCCAUGGAAUUUCCCUGGACAAAAAUCUGCUAGGGCUUCCCAAGUCAUUUGAGGAUGGUUAUAGCUAACCAUCAUUUUUAAAACAAACAUACAAUUAAAAUGUGUGUGGGUAUUUUUUUAACCUUCUUUUCAUAACACUAGCAUAUUGUAAACUGCAUGAAAUAAACCUGUUUUUUUCCUUUUAAA